ACAUUCCCACUACCUUCCUAACAUGCCAUCCGGAACUCUCCCUGUUUCCCGGAAUUCAAGUUUCCGGACUUACACCACUUCAAAACCAAAUCAGCUUAUCUUCAUACUAAUACUAUUGCACUUACGUCAUUUUAAAUAAGCGAUAUUGAAAACCGACUGAAACAGCAAGCGUUGUAAAAUCUACCUUAUUACAUGGUGUUAAGGUAGCAUUUUAAUUGCUACAACAUGCUCUGAUUUCGCCCUCCGCCCGAGUCGGAUUCCAUUCUGUGUUAUCAAACUACAAUAACGUAACGACGUAUGUACAUACAAAAACAAGCGCAUUUAGGACGUUUUAGAAUGGGUAUAUUCGCAGCGACGCGUUAAGGUGCGCGUUUGAAUUUGGACUUUAGUUCGUGACAAUAAGGUCGUAUUAGAUUGUAAGGAAUCUUCCGUCUCGGUCCGAUAUUACGCAUGCCAGUUACCAGCAGCUGUCAUUGAGUGAAGACGUGUCAUUGUUUGUUUAAAACGCCAUUUUGUUGUAAAUUAUUACAAUGUGAAAAGUAAAAUAUUGAGAAUAAGCAAUGGAAAUAAAAGUGGAGAAGACUCGAGUAGAUUCAGAAUACCUAAUAUUAACUAUAAAAAAGCACGAAUGUAUAUGGAACAAAAACUGCCCAGAAUAUCAUACGAAAGGGACAAAAGAGGACGCUUGGAAUCAGAUAUGCGAGGAGUUGAUACCAGGAUGGCAGGAUUUGGCAGAGCCGGGGAAACUUACUAAACAAUGGGAGCUAAAAAAGCGCUGGAACAACAUACGGGACUAUUACAAGAAAGACUUGGCCCUACAGCUCAGUGGCGCCAUCGGACAGACGAAAAGGAAGAGAUAUGUCUUCUCUGAGACGCUAGACUUUCUUAGGCCGCUCAUGGACCAAUCACAGAUCGAAAAACAAGAAGAACAGGACGAGCAAGAAAUAUAUCUAGAUGAACAUUUAUACAGCUCCGACGAAGACAAUUCUGUGUUAAAAAGAAAAGAAGUACGAGAAAACGAAAUCGUAGAAGAUAAACAUUCAUACGCCAUACCAACAAGAAAUAGAGAUCUAGAAGACAGUGAUUGGUUGUUUUUAAGAAGUUUAUUGUCUGAUAUGAAGGAGAUGAACAGGGCACAGAAGUUGGAAUUUAAAAUGGGGGUUUUGAAGCUUUAUAAAGAUAUCGUGUUCCAAGAUAGAGACUUGUAUGAAGAUGAUAGUAAAAUUCCAUUGAAAUAAAGAUUGAUUUGAUACAUUA